UUAUAUGGUCAUCGUAAUAUUGAUCACUAAUAUCGCAAAUCGCGAGUUUUCCUGGUAUCGUGCAGCCCUAGUUUACUGGAAGAGCUGGUACAUGGUAUGCUUGUUAGCAGAAGAGAUGCUAUCAGAAAGUCUAGAUCAGGGGUCGCCAACCUGUAACUCUAGAGUCGCAUGUUGGUCUUUCUUCCCUGUGCUGUGGCUCUCUGAGGUUUUGUAAAAUAGCUAUUAUGCUCUAAGAUUGUUGUGGUUAGAUCCAAAUGGCUCUUUGAUUGGUAAAGGUUGCUGACCCCUGGUCUAGCUGCUGACUUCAUGCUGGCUUUGAAAAAGUAUGAGGUAGACCAAAGGAAAGAAGAAUCAACAACCUGUCCUUCCAGAAGCAGUGACGGUUGUAACAAUAGGAACUAUUGUUGUGUGUUAUUGGUUGCUAGUCGGACGUUGCACAGUCUGGAAUGAAUGAGAGCACGCACCUGAGCUGCACUGUAAGAGUUUACCCUGCCUGAGUUAAUUAAAAGUACUACCCUGUUGGGUAGAAUUGAAGUAUUCUGUGUUACGUUUCUUGGAGGAAAACCAGAAUAUAACAUGGUGGCAGCGGCGGAGAAUUUUUUUUGAAAAUACGCCACGGAGUUUUGCAGCGCGCCUGGAGUCGCGGGAAAAUCUGAGACCGGCAUUGAUUACGUGAAGCCAUGGAAGGUCUGAAGCCUCCACAGCCGCUCUGUUUUGAGUCCGGUAACCUUUCACGGAUUUGGAAGACCUGGAGAGAUGAAUUCAUCCUCUAUGUGGAUUUAACGGUUCCCGCCGACGAGGAAAAAAUGAAAGUGAAACUCUUUCGCUAUCUUAUCGGUGAAAGUGGCAGAGAGGUCCUAGAGACACUGAUGGGUGAAUCGGCGCAGGAUGCAUGGAAGAUUGCAGACAUAAUUGAAAGGUUUGAUGAUCACUGUAGCCCAGGAACUAACGAGACGGUGGAACGCUACAAGUUUUUCUCGAGGAACCAAGGUGGGGGUGAGUCAAUCGACAGCUACGUCACGGAGUUGAAGCUGCUGACCAAAUCCUGCAAUUUCGGGACUUUAAGAGACUCUCUGAUCAGAGAUCGUAUUGUGUGUGGAAUUAACAAUGCGCAAAUGAGAGAAAGACUGCUGCGUGAGAAAAACAUGACUCUGGACACGUGUGUGCAGCUGUGCAGAGCCACUGAACUGUCGCGAGAGAACAGCAAAGCAAUUUCUGGACUAAUGAUGGAGGAGGUGCAUGCAGUGCAAGGAGCAGGAUAUCAGAAACAGUACCGUGUCACAGACUGCAAGUUUUGUGGAAAAUCACAUGACAGAAAUAAGGAGAAGUGCCCAGCUUAUGGCAAGAAAUGCAAAAAAUGUGGCAAAGAGAACCAUUUUGCAGUUAAGUGUAAAAUGCGAGCAGAACAUAGUAAAAAGAGACCAGUGCAUAAUGUGGCGGAAUGCGACAGUGAUGAAUAUGAAGACAUCCUAUGUGUGACAGGAUCAGAGGCAGAGCAGCCAACAGACAGUAAAAAGGAAACAGAAACUAAGCUUUUUGCUGGCAUGCUCUUAGGCAAAGACAUUGUAAAAUUCCAAAUAGAUUGUGGUGUUACUUGCAAUGUUAUCCCAGUUAACUUACUGAAUCCUGAUACCAGACUGGAAGACACAAAGACACUUCUAAUCAUGUACAACAAAAGCAAGCUCAGACCACUUGGAAAAUGCAAACUGAAGCUGAGAAACCCUCGGAACCAGAAGCUUUACCAGCUGGAGUUCCAAGUGGUGAAUAAAGACUGCUCUGUGCCGCUGUUGGGCAAAAGAGCGAGUGAGGCCAUGAAACUAAUCAAAGUCCAUUAUGAGAACAUCAUGGCACUAGACAGCAUCGUCACCUCACAGACUCCCUCACAGGAGCAGUGGACAUUAGAACAGAUAAAGACGGAAUAUGCAGACGUGUUCACUGGAGAUGGAUGUCUGGAUGGAGUUUAUAAAGUUGAAAUAGAUGAGUCCAUCAAACCUGUGCAGUUACCAAAAAGACGUGUUCCUGUAGCAAUGAUGAAACCGCUGAAAGAUGAACUACAAGAUUUAGUGCACAGAGAAAUAAUCUCGCCUGUAGAGCGAAGCACAGACUGGAUUAGCGGUAUGGUGGUUGUCCAAAAAUCAAAUGGAAAACCAAGAGUUUGUAUUGAUCCAAGACCCCUAAACAAAGCACUGAAGCGCAGCCAUUUCCCUAUGCCGACUAUCGAAGAUAUUCUGCCGGAUCUGGCCAAAGCUAAAGUUUUCACAGUGUGUGAUGUCAAAAGUGGAUUCUGGCAUGUCAAACUGGAAGAAGAGUCCAGCUACCUAACAACAUUUUCCACCCCAUUUGGUCGUUACCGCUGGCUCAGGAUGCCAAUGGGAAUCAGUACUGCACCAGAGAUCUUUCAGAGGAAGUUGACACAGGCUCUGGAGAACCUGCCUGGUCUGUACAUAAUUGCAGAUGAUAUACUGAUCACCAGCCAAGGGGUGACACAAGAGGCUGCUGAACGUGAUCAUGAUGACAAACUAAGACUGUUCUUAAACAGGUGCAGACAGAAGAACAUCAAACUAAACGCAGAAAAAUUGAAACUGCGUCAAAAAGAAGUUGCCUACAUUGGACAUCUUCUAACAGCUGAUGGGUUGAAGAUAGACCCUGGAAAAGUGAGAGCCAUCAAUGAAAUGCCACAACCUGCAGAUGUCAAAGCAGUGCAGAGGCUCUUAGGAAUGGUGAACUAUUUAGCCAAGUUCUGCCCACAUCUCUCUGACCAGUGUGAAGUGUUGAGAAAACUCACACAUAAAGACUGUGAAUGGAGCUGGAACAAACAACACGAAGAUGCAUUUAUAAAGCUGAAGGGAACUAUUACUAAUGCUCCUGUUCUGAAAUAUUACAGCCCGGAGGAAGAACUCACGGUACAGUGUGAUGCCUCAGACACAGGGUUGGGAGCAGCACUCAUGCAGAAUGGUAAGCCCAUUGCCUUUGCAAGUCGAGCACUUACACAAACGGAACGAGGCUAUGCACAAAUAGAAAAAGAGUUUUUAGCUCUUGUGUUCAGCAUGGAGAAAUUUCACCAAUUUACAUAUGGUCGAAAAGUUACGGUCCAGAGUGAUCAUAAGCCACUUGAGAAUAUUGUCAAGAAACCUCUUCUCAGUGCACCCAAAAGACUUCAAAGGAUGAUGUUAAGGAUCCAGAAGUAUGAUGUGGAUGUGGUGUAUGUACCAGGAAAAGAUAUGCUAUUAGCUGACACUUUGAGCAGAGCAUAUCUUCCAGAACAUUCUUCCUGUGGCUCGGUGGAAGCAGAAAUAGAAACGGUAAACAUGGUGCUCCACUUGCCAAUAUCGGAACAAAGCCUAAAUGCAAUUCGUGUGGCGACAGAACAAGAUGCUACACUCCAAACACUCCAACAGACGAUAAGCAAAGGUUGUAUUUCUCAUUCAAAGAAGAGCUGAGUUUUCAGGACGGAAUCAUUUUCAGAGGUGAACGUGC